AUGGCUGACGGUUCAUCCACAGGCGCAUCUGGCGGGAGCCAAGCUUAUACUCCGUACACGAUCAGACUGACCCCAACCAAGGGAUACGGCAUGUUUGCUACUCAGCAGAUUCAGCAAGGCGCCUGCAUCCUUGAGGAAUCUCCCUUGGUCGUUUUCCUAUCAGCAGAAGAGGGCGACCAGACUCCUUGGCACAUGGCAUUAAGGAUUGAGGUAGCCGCCCUGUCUCCUAGCGAUAAGGCGAAGUUUUUCAGCCUUCACUGCUGCGUAGAUGAGCUCGAGGAUGAGUAUAAGAAGCACGUUCGACAGGACCUGUUCGAGACGGGAGAGUUCGACCACAUGGACAGCCCAGCGCUGGAUGCCGAGCUCGAGUUGGUGUCUCGCGAGAUCCGAAUCCGGAACACCAACUGCACGCAAUUUGCAUCACGCAGCGAGUCGGGCUGCGGUAUCUACUAUACAUACAGCCGAAUCAACCACUCCUGCGUACCGAAUGCUUACGGCACCUGCGACGCGGCUAACAACAUGUAUCUGCGAGCCCUGCGCCCCAUCUCUCUCGGCGAGGAGAUCACCAUUUCCUACCACGAGCAAGACAACCUGCCCCGGGACGAGCGAGCCAAGAUGAUCGAGAGCUGGCAUUUCACGUGUUCAUGCCCGGCUUGUGACGGUCCUGAGAGGGAUAAGCACGAGAUUCUUCGCAUGGACAUGAUGGAUAUCGAGGGCACCCUCCACGGCUACGAUCUCGCCCCUCAGCGGCAAGGGGGGCCCCUGGUGGAGCAAGGUCUUCUUUUCCUCCCCGAUGAGAACGCUGCCCUCCUGGCAAUAAGGUACAUUGGCGUCUUGGCUGCGGCCGGUAUUAAGGGACCUAGCAAGACGGAGGCCUACGAGAGGGCAUCCAAGUACUGCACGUCUCUCGGAAGCUUCCAAGAAGCAGUGAAUCUGGCCGAACUGGCACACCGACACGAGUGCAUCGUCCAUGGCGAGGAUAUGGCCGGCUGGACGCAGAAGCUGCUGAAGCGUGCUCGUCGUAGACUCGAGAAGGAGGCCCAGGCCUCAGAUCCAGAGGGCGGCCAGGAUUCGGUAUUGCUUCGUGCUUCGCAGGAGGCCAUGCGAGGUUUCUAA